CGGGCAUCCACCCUGCGGCCCCCAAGUUCGCGCUGCUUGCCAUCCAUCCUGCCUGAACCUAGAUUGCAUCGCGAUCCCCUUGCCAACCCCUCUCAGCCACCAUGCCUAGCGACUACGCCCUGAAACGCACCCAUGGUCAGGAGACAGUGACAAUCCACGCCGCCGACCUGUAUCUCCUGGAACACUGGAAUAAUGACCUUGUCAUCUCGGAUGAAGCCCAGCGCUCGGCGAUCUUUAGCAAGUGGCUCGAGAUUGGCUCGCGUGGCCGCAUGCCAUAUGUGGAACGGCUAAAGGAGAUGUCUGUCGACCGAGAUGAUAUUACAGAGGAUGCGAAGGAUCUCCUCGCUCGUGUCCGGAGCCCUUCGGAUCGGCAGGAAGUCAGCUAUACACGUCUCGUACGCACUUUUUACGGCGAAGGCUCCGAUGAAAAAUUGGUCGACCUGAUCGCCGAGGCGGAAUUUGACGAGCCCGUCUUCGAUAAUGCGGCACUUUACGACGCUGGGUCGAACGACGGCUUACAGUCCCUGCAUGCGAUCCUGACUCGGAUCCCACAGAUUGUCGAGGAGACGCCAGGGUUUGCCGUUUGGUACGACGAAAAGAAGCGCAAAGCCCUUGCGGAGGCGAUCGAGGUCGGCCCAGACCAAUUUGACUAUGCGUUGGAGAUCUUUCACCUGGCGGCCAAAUGGGACCAUGUGCUCAUCUAUGAUAAAGAGGCCAACGAAACCCCGGGGAACGUGCUGCUGGUCUAUGUCGACGACCGUGGCCGGGUCCUACGUUACUCUCGGUUGGACGGGGCUUUGGACUUGCAGGCCGCCGAUGGGAUGCUAUACACGCGCCAGGAUUCCAUGCAUGCAUGGUGGGAGGGCGGCCGUCACGGCGAGGACUGGCAGGCCAACCAACUUGCUCAGCGAUGGGGCGAGGUGGAGCACGAACCCCCUGUGGAGGAGGGUGCCUGACGGACUGUAAUCUCCGAGGCACAGUCGACAUAAGCAACUAGCGUCUGAUCCAGCCGGAUAGCCAAGGCCAUUAUCAGACACUUGCCGAUGUAGCCGUGCUCGGGGCUCAUUACCAUGGUCGAACGCCAAAUAACCACCAUUCCUCAAGGAGUUUAGUUGGUGUGAUAUCACAAUACGUGAAUACAAUGCAUCUCUUGCAG